UGCCAGCAAAGCCAUUGUUCCCAAUGUGAGGCUCAGCUCGUACAGUCCCUUGCAAUGGAACAAGAUGUCGUGCGCAAGUGCUUGAAAUAUUUGACUUGUGAUGUGUCCUCUCCGCUGCCAUCUGCUGACAAACAAGCAACUGCUGCAUGAGUAGUUGUCUUGACGUUUUACUCGCGUGCCCAAUUAGUGCCGUGUGUCCCACCGUACCGAAUGAGUCUGCGAGAAUGCAUUGUUAGGUUACCAGCCGGCCGUUAAACCUGCUCUACAAUACAAACACGAUCCCGCAUAAGCCUAUCGGAGCAUCAAAGAAACGGACUCUGUCAUCUCAAAAUCGCUGCGGUCACUCCUGAGCAAUUCUACACUCUCCGUUGAUGUGAGGAAUUUCCUUCCAUUCUGAUCCUCAAUGCAGAAGGAGCAACAGCUUGAAAACUACAUCCCUGAAGCUCAGUGCAUACAGGAAGCGGUGCUGGCGCUUAUUCUUACUAGCACUUGUCAUGAAAUACUCAAACUUUGAGUCUGUAUAAGUCGCUUGUCGUUCUAGCCGCCUUGCUAACAAGGUGCAUCAUUUUUGACAUUUUUCUCAGGUUUGCUUUUCAACUUGCUCCCAGAAAGUGUUGAAUUCCAGGUGGAGCAACAUGGAGGAAGAAGAUUAUACCUCCUAUUCGUAUUCUUACUUCUCAUCCUAUUACGACUACAACUCCAGCACACUCGGGGCUGAACCAGAGCUGAGGGUCCACGCCGUCUUGGUGCCCAUUGUGUUUGGGAUUAUUACGAUCGUGGGGCUUCUGGGUAAUGUGUCUGUCGUGGUUGUUAUCGCCCGGAAUCGAUCAAUGAGGACUGUCACUAAUUUCUUCAUUAUGAAUAACGCUAUCACUGAUAUGGUCUUCAUUGUCAUCUGUGCCCCAAUCACGGCCUCGCAGUUCAUUCUCACGGACUGGAUUUAUGGAGACUUCAUUUGCAAAACCGUGGCAUUCAUGCAGUAUGUUUCUGUCCAGGCGUCGUGUUCUACAAUUACUGCAAUGACAAUAGACCGCUAUAUGGUUGUGCUUCACCCAAUGAAAUCGCUUCACACAAGAACGGUGCGGAGAGCCACAUUUAUUAACAUCGUAAUAUGGAUAACAUCGUUUUUACUACACAUUCCUGUUGCCGUGUUCUACGAAAUGGAAACAGUCGUGACGGACGGAGAAACUUUUUGCGCCAGAAGGUUUAUUAGCCUGGACGCACAAAAAGGUUACGAGUUCUACGCUGUGUCCAUCAUGUAUGUGCUGCCGUUCAUUGUCAUGGCAUUCUGCUACCGUCGGAUUCUGCGCACUGUCUGGAGUAAGUACCUCGUCGUGUCGUCAUCUACACUGGCGCAGCGAAGACGCAGAUGGAAGAUCACGCGCAUGACGUUAUUGGUUGUUGUGUUAUUCGGCGUUUGCUGGGGACCAAUCCAUGCAAUGCAUUUGGUGGCUUUGUUUCAGCCUAAGCGACGCCAUGCCAGUGACUCAUUCUAUAAUUUCAACAUCUUCUGUCUUUGCCUCUCCUAUUCUAACUCUGCCAUUAACCCAUUUGUUUAUGCCUUGAGUGGGCGGAGCUAUCGGAGUCUUUUAGUUGCCUGCUUGCCGGGUAAGCAAAGGAAUAGCGCAAAGAGCCCAAUGGGAAGCACUCGAACAAGGGCAGGGUCGGCACAGUAUUCUUACGAGAUGAAUAUAAUGCGCAAUGUUCAAAAUGGCCGAUCGCAAAAGGCAAAGUACACCCAUUUUUACCUUGGUGGAGGCCGCCAUGUUGUUCGGGCGGCGCCAGAGUAGAAGAGGCAGGAUUGAUUGAUUAUCAGGCGACCCAGGGAUCCACUUGCUAUUGUCUGUGUAAAAGAAAUUUCCAUCAGACAUUAAACUGCUCGUGUUCAAAUUUGUCUACAAUAAAUAGUUAUGUCGUUCAUGUAACAAAGGGGGGGCGAUAUUAUUUUCUAUGAUAAUUUCACAUUAUUGUUUACUCUGCUGUAGAUAUUGCUCAUUUUCCGUUUUCUGUUGGACGUAGCCUCUGCCCCAUCACAGCACUGGAGGGUAGAUUUCCAGGUUUUUUUUUAAGUAUUUGUUUGUAUAUACACAGCCCAACAUUAGACCAUGUCACUUGUUAUGUAAUAUCUGUUGACAAAAAAGUAGCUAACCCACCUUUCUGCUAUUUAAUUCCUUGUUGCACUGAACAAAUACUGUUUGCCAAGCACCAGCAGCCCGGUGAAUCGCUUUGCUGCUGGG